AUGUGGCACUCGGUGGCUCUUCUCCUCUCUGGAUUCUCUGCUUUGAUCCACGUGUCGUUGCAGGGUCCUCACCAGAGGAACCUGUUGAAGAACCUCCUGAAGGACUACAACCGGAUGGAGCGGCCGGUGGGGAAUGACUCCCACCCACUCACCGUUGUCUUCUCCCUCAGUUUGAUCCAGAUAAUGGACGUGGAUGAGAAGAACCAGGUGCUCACCACUAACAUAUGGCUACGGAUGAGUUGGUUCGACCAUUAUCUCCAGUGGAACCAGAGCGAACAUCCUGGAGUGAAAAACCUACGUUUCACAACAGAUCAGGUCUGGACCCCAGACAUCCUGCUCUACAACAGUGCAGAUGACGACUUUGACUCCACCUUUAAGACCAAUGUUCUGGUGAACUCCAGUGGCUACGCGAGUUACCUGCCCCCAGGAAUCUUUAUGAGCACAUGCAACGUGGACGUUCGAUGGUUCCCUUUUGACAUCCAGAGGUGUGAGCUGAAGUUCGGCUCUUGGACGUAUGACGGCUGGCUGCUGGACCUCCAGAUGAACGAUGCUGACGUCUCAGGCUACAUGCCCAAUGGGGAGUGGGACCUAAUUGGGGUUCCCGGCACCAGAAACGAGGCCUUCUAUGAUUGCUGUAAGGAGCCUUAUCCGGAUGUGACAUUUGUUGUGACAAUACGUCGACGGACACUCUACUAUGCCCUGAACCUGCUCAUCCCCUGUGUGCUGCUGUCUUCGAUGACCCUACUCAUCUUUGUGCUACCAGCUGACUCUGGGGAGAAGAUCUCACUGGGUCAGUACUUUGCCAGUAUAAUGAUCAUCGUUGGGAUGUCAGUCAUCGCCACAGUGGUCGUUCUGCAGUAUCAUCACCACGAUCCAAAUGGAGGAAACAUGCCCAAAUGGGUGCAGCUCGUCUUGCUGCAGUGGGUAGCUUGGUUCUUGCGAAUGAAGCGUCCAGGAGAGAACGACGACCCAGAGCGGCCCCCGUGUGCCCCCCACUUGCGCCGCUGCUCCUCAGGCUCCCAGAGCGGGAGCAUCCCAAACCCUCCGGACCCCACCCUUCAUCCGCUGCACCCACAGAACCUGGCUCCUCUCCAAACAGGGCCCCUCCAUGCGGGGCACCCUCACCUCCACGUCCAGUCGAGUGCUAACAACAAUGGGAACCUUCUUUACAUGGGCUUCCAGAGCAUGGAGGACCCUUCAAUGCUCUCUGAGUCUGUCCAGAGGAAUAACAUCUCCACAGGGCCUCCGAGAGUAGCAGGAAGCCCGCCUCCGCACCUGCCAUCUCAGUUCUGCAGCUCCCCACCACCUCCUACCCCCAAUAUGGAUACAGGCUGCCCCAGCACUGUCUCCAGUGGUGGGGGCUUUGGAGUUGGACCCGGAGGGCUUGGAGGGUUCUCUGGUUCAGGAAUAGGAGACCCCCAGCUCCAGGCUAUCCUGGAGGAAGUGCGUUACAUGGCAGACCGUUUCCGGGAGCAGGACGAGGCCGAGAGCGUGGCCGACCAGUGGAAAUUUGCAGGCGCUGUAAUCGACCGCCUGUGUCUGGUGGCGUUCAGCGUUUUCAACAUCAUAUGCACCAUCUCCAUCCUCAUGUCUGCUCCCAACUUUGUGGAGGCUAUUUCAAAGGACUUCGUUUGAGAGCAAAGAGGAAAAAAGAGGAGGAGAAGCGUGAAGGAAAGGAUGAGGGGAAUUAAAUAUAAGAUGAAGGAUGGAGUGGGCCUGGAUCCAAGGAAACAAUUUCCAGCGGACUGUAGGCUUUGUGAUUUGUGAUUGCGAGGAACUGGGAAAUAGAAAAAAACCCAAAUGGUUUUCUUUGCAAUACAUUCUGUUUUGUAACUGAAAUAUAAGAAGAAAACAGAUGAGGAAGGGGAUACAGAGUGAAUUUAAAAGGAGAUUAGGCUGAGCAGGGUGCUUUAUCAGAUUCUUGACAAGCUGGAAUGGAUUCUUGUGGUUAAUUCAAAGACUCCCCCCCCCCAAAAAAAAAAAAUAAAAUUAGAAGAAAGAUGAGUUAGAAAGAGAAGAUUAUCAUCCCAAAGCAACCUCAAGUAAGAAAGCUCUUAAAGCAAAGAGGGAGAUUGAGAGAGUAAAAGGGGAAAAGCGACAGGCGUUGGAUAGGGACAGAUAAAUAAGACAGACAUUUGGCUGUUUUAUUUUCUCGAGGAGGGAAGACAGUCCUUCACUCCCACAUGUUGAGAAAAGACUGCAUCAUUUAAAGUGAUGUGAGGAGGAGAGGGCGGGGAGAAGAGAAAGAGACUUUUACAAGGACAGACAACAAAGAGCAGUGGUGAAGGAACGAGACUUCAUCCCUCGUGACUUUGGCAGAGUUCGGUGGAGUAAGCAGCCUGAUGCUUGGAUAUACAAAACUGGACCAAAGAUCAGGAACGCUGCAGCAGAGAAGAUCAGACGAGGAUCUCAUCUAUUAUUCAAUCACAUCCAUCUAAUGACCGUCAAAUUGAAAGACCUUGGAUAAUCUUUAAGACUAAUAAGCUUUUAAAAUAUGAAGCCCCCUCUCCACUCGCAAACCACUUUAAAUUGCCAAGGCCUUAUCUCCUUGAGACGAUUGCCAAUCUGCAACAAUCAGCAGAGAUCAAAAGCCCCUUAGCAGCCGGCACAGUGUGCAGUGCUUAUCACAACCGGGAAACUGAAUUAACCGGUCAUCAAUAUCGCAGUGGCCAGUAGCUGCACCACAGUGGAGGCUUGAACCAGUAAUAACUCAUGAAGCAGUUACCUAAUGGUAUCUGGCAGGUCCUAAUAGGCCAGCAGAUCUCAUUGGAUUUCAUAUUAAAGGUUUAAAAACUGAAAUGGGAGGUCAGGUCUUUAAAAAAAAAAAUAAGAUCACUCAGAAUUUUAAAAUUUAUAUGGAGAAGCAACGCCCUAUCAAAUUUCUGUCAGAUCCCUUCAGGGGUUUACAGCUUCAUGAGUGGUUUCACAUCUAUCUAAAAUGAGCAAUGGGAUUUUAAUAGAGAUGAAAUUGACUCCAGUUGCUAAAGUGGUGCUUUAAAAGGUUUAAAUUUAAGGCACGACCUUCAGCCAGAGAGCUUGUGUAGAAAACGUUAGCCAAUAAACAGAAUACAUCUUAAGUUAGUUUGGGUUUGAGGGAACUGAACUUAUUCCACUACUUUCCCGAGAGUCAGACAACCAUAAAUUACUUUUUUGUGUCUCUGUAAGCAGUUUGAAUGUAUGCUGAAUGCAAGGUAAGCCUAACCCAGCUCAGUUCAUGGAUGUCUAUGGGUUCAGGGUGGCUGUCUGAUCGGACCCAAUUGCAAGUUGUAUUACGCAUUAGAAAUUUUAGAACAAUUAGAUUAUAUCAAUGCUCCAAUGCUCUAGGGCUGCGUCCAAAACCCUUCCUGUUUUACUAUAUAGAGCAUAUACUGUAUAGUACUAUAUAGUGUACUAGAUAAUGUGAAAUUUAUGCAGUAAUAGUGCCCUCAAAAAUGACCACAGCUGAAUGUCACAUAUUACACAUGCAAAAAUGUCCUUUUUAUGACACUAUAUCUGUCAGUGAUGAUGAUUCAUAAGUGUCUGAAAUCUCAAUUUACUGCUUACUAUAGAGCAAACUAUUGAGUGUCUAUAAUAAAGGGAAUAGUGAAAUAGUUAAUGAGGGAGGGAUUUUGGACACGGCUCAAGAUUAUAAGUCAAAAUAGCUUGAAGCAUCAGAGCAUCAACAAGCAGCAAGUGCACCUUUAAGAACUCCGUUGAGUGAGUCUCCCGUUUAUUCACUGAUUCCAAGAUAGUGUUACCAAGCUGUUCACAGCCACUGAUAAUAAAUAUAGAAAUGUCAAGAAUAUGUUUAUGUUUUUGUGAAAACGUAGUAGUAGUAUAAAUAAUGUUUAUUCUGUCACACCUACAUAGCCCGCAUAGUGAAAACAAUUGUUUUUGUAUUAAACCCUGGAUAAAGUGUGUUCCCCUGAAUUUGAGUGGCUGAUAAACAUGAAUGGAGCAAAGUAAACUAAGCUUAAUAUUCAAUCAUACAUUCAAACUGUAAGAAAGUAAGAUAUAAAAAAGUUAUUCCUCGGUUUGCCUGACUGCAGUAGGAGAGAUUCCUCAAAAAACCAAACAACACUUUGAAGGAUAAAGCUGGAGUUACUAUAUAAUUUUUCAUAUUGUCAGCAAAUUCAAUGAGAAAACCUAAAGCUACAACACGUUAUGUCUCUCAGUACUUUCCUGCAGUAUCUGUGGCACACAGCCCCGUGCCCAUUUGUUCCCAAUGAAGACAUAAUCCUUAAAAACAGGUCAGCUGGGCACUAGUUUUUUUAGCAAACAUCAAGGGACUAUUUUCAGCUGUGGAUUAAUACACAUUUUGUGCUGUAGCGAGUAUAUACAGCCGCUGUUUAUGUACAGUGCCCACUGUUAUUGUAAUGGAGGAACAUUUCAUCCAGAUCAACAAUGUGGCUCAUUGAUGUGUUUAAAUAGAUUUUGAAAAACAAUGGUGGGAUAAGGAAUACGCUAUAUCAGGCUUUGGCUAUACAGGCAAUAUUUAGGCUAGUCUGAUACAUGCGUUGUUGGUUUUUGAUAAUUUCAUGGCAUUUGAUGACAAUAAGAAAAAUAUAGAAUAUUGGCUGCUUUAUCCAAAACACAAAGAUCCAAUAGGACAAAUAUGUUUACAUUCCUGACCUACACUGUCUCAAAUGGCUGUACCCAUGCAUUCUCCCACUGUGACCUGCUACACAGAGUGUAGACAAAGUUGUACAAACACUUUGUCUCUAUACCUCUCUUCAUCUUCUGACUCCUCUCUCUUCCUCUCUGAAGUCAAGUCUCCUAGUAGGCGGAAAGUAAACUUCCUGCCUGGGGGUUUGCAAAAGGAUGUCCUCCUUCCAGCACAUACUGACAACUAAACACUCACAUCUGUACAGAGCAUUUCUCAUCCUGAAAAUAAAGGGUUCUCUUUUUUUUUCUACCACCUUUGGUCUGCUCCCUAUCUCUCCGUGUUGACAGUGGCUGGCCCGACACCCAAAAAGAGGAGAAAAAUGACAGCGAG